AUGUAUACAGUUAUUCCGGCUACUUAUCCAGCUGAGCCAUCAUCUGGUCCAUCCGUUGUUAGAGGUGCAUCGUAUUCAUUUAUUGCAUCAUCAUUUGCACAUGCUUUGGGGUUGGAGGUUAGUCAGUUAGAUAAGCCACUCAAUGUUGAUACGCCUAUCAGGGUUUCAGUUAUUCUUAAUAGAGUUUGUCGUGGUUAUGCCAUUACGAUUGCAGGACAGACACUCGAGUUUGACCUCAUUCUUCUUGAGAUAACAGGAGAUUGGAGUGAUUCCCUCAUUUCUUCGUUUUAUAGUGUUAAGGGCCGAGAUUGUCGUGAUUUUUUCUUGGCUAGUCUUUUAGUUGAUGAUGAUAAUUUUAAUGGGGACGUGUAUCCGGCUGUUGUGUGUGAUUUUUUAGAUAUGUUUCCGAAAGAUUUAACGGAGUUACCACCACAUAUAGAGGUGGAGUUUGCUAUUGACCUUAUGCCUUAUACAACACCCAUUUUUGAUGUGGUCUCUUUGUGA